GGGCAACAGAGUGGACGAGUCAGCACGCCGGCUGGCCGUGGUGCAUGUACCUCGAGAUGCUUGAUACCCUUCUCUCGUUCUCGAGGCGGGACCCGUGCUGGUGGUCGUUGUUGGCGGUGAUGCCACGGCCUCAGCCGGAUGCGCACACCGAGGCGCUCGAGAGAUCGAUGGGCUCAACAGGCCGUCCGUGGGUCGGGUUGCAGCGGACCGCGGCGUCCCCGAACAACGGCGGGACAGCCACCUUCACGUGCAGAGCGCACCAACGGCAAGGCACUCCCGCCAUCGCGGACCACUCAAAAUUCGCAAUCGACUCAACUACCGGGCGAUCAGGCCUCCUCCUCCUCCCUCGCGGGCGGCCUGCGCAGCCACUGCCGGACCGCAGCGUCGCUCUCCUGGGCCGGCCUCCUCGGGAGGCCCGCCAACGUGCAUGGCAAGCGGGGUGUGCCGAGGAGGCAACUAGCGCGGCCUGCAAUGCGGCCGGCCAGGCAGACAGGGCACGGCCGGGCGAGAGGCUGGGCCGCACGCGGGAAUGAACCAGUCAGAUGCUUCUCCGGCGGACGUUGCAAGCCCUCAGAUCCUCCUCAAUGUGCCGUUCCUUGGGUCGGAACGACUACUGUGGUACAUACAUACCCUGGUAGGUGCGUCGUAACGCUGGAUUUCAGGCGCACCUCCUGCCAAUAGAAAAGAAUUCUGUCGUUUUCGCUCGACGCCGGCAUUUGCCGUUGGCGCGGAAAGCUUCCUGGUUGGCCGAGACAGGUAGUCUGGGUGGCAACUGGCUCAUCCGAUAGCUUGACGAGCCGUUUGACAGAAGAAUGAAAAACAAGGAAA